ACGAGAUUUUGUCGCGACGACGUGCUCUGCAAACGCAGUAUCUCAAUGCACACUACAGAGCCGCGAUAGCGGUGUUCUAGCCUUGGUUACACACGGCCUCACUUGGCCCUUCCGCGCUGAACCCCGAGUAAAUUUUGAUAUACUCGGGGCUGCCUGUGAGAACGCGAACAAACGACCAACCCCAGACAGGGCGCAGCUUACCACUCGGAAAGGUUUGAAAUGCAGCUAACCUGAAUUAAAAACUGCCAACCCCAGGUUAAGUAGCAUUGUGUUGACGAUGUUCGUUGAAAAACGUAUACUAAGUUGAGUGGUUCGGUGUGAUUCGGAAGCUAGGAGUAAUCCUCCCCAAGCUCCAACUGUUUCCAGCCAUGUCCGUUGCUGUGGAGUCGUCGACGUUCCAGUCUCUAAAACCGAAUGGCCCAUUUGCGGAAUCGACAUCGCUAUACUGGUGGGAAACCAGCGGUCGCGACCUCGCUCGCAUGCUUCAAGAAGCCAACUAUCCGGCAGAUGCACAGCGCCAGUUUCUCGUCUUUUUCAGAGACACUAUAUGUCCAGCAUUGGGAGCCCGGCCAGAGCGAAACUCGCUCCGUAGUGGCGUUGGCUGGGAUGGUAAUCCUUUCGAAUACAGCUUCGAGUUGAAGAACAGCAGUGCAGAGGUCGCGGUUCGGUUUGUGGUCGAUGUCAGUGCAUUACGACCUGCCGAUGAAGCCCAUCCGCUCAGCAUCAAGAACUUUGAGACUGUGCUCAACAAGCUCUCAAACGCAACCCCUGGGUUUGAUGACACUUGGUAUAAGUCAUUGGAGAGAUGGUUCGUACACUCGAAAAGCUCCAGCGAGGAGCAAAAGAAUUUGGUUUCCCAUGUAGGGUAUCGGAUGCCCAUGAUUCUCGGGUUCGAUAUUAAUCGCCGCCUCCCUACAUCCGAUUCUAUCCCGGUAAUGGCCAAAGUAUAUUUUCCUCCCUGUUUCACUGCCGCAGCGGAAGGAAUCACGCGCUGGGCGGCUGUUCGUCGCGGGGUGCAUCAACUCCCGAACAUUGAGUCGCACCCCAAUAUACUUCGCUCCCUGGCUUUGAUUCAGGAGUACCUGGACACGAAGCCGAAAGAGUACGAGAACGGCCCGCGGUACCUAGCCACCGACUUCGUAAUGAUGGACAAGGCGAGAUUAAAGAUUUACUUCCGACACCCUGCAACCGAUUUCGAGGACAUCUGGGACUACUAUACCCUAGGUGGGCGGAUCCCAGGAUUGGACGAGGACAAGGAAAAAUUUCGAGAAUUGAUGUCGUUCACUUCGUACCACCCCGAUCCCGCGGCGAUUCAGAAUGGCGAUAAGCCGCAUUACACGGCAGUGCAGCGAAAGAUGACAGCGAUCUAUUUUUCUCUAUCUACAGACAACCCGACUCCUGCGCCCAAGAUUUGCUUCUAUCCAGCGAACUUUGCACAGAACGACGAGGUCAUUGGAGAUGGGGUGGACUCCUGGUUGCAAAAGUAUGGGUGGAACACAGGAGGCAAGCCAAUCAAGCAAAGGGUCUCGAGCGUGUUCACUCAUCGCAAUCUCUCAGACGACACAGGCAUCUUUACUUUCCUUGGGAUAGGUAGAAAGGAAGAUCCUAGCAAAAAGGAUCUGAGCAUGCAGUGUUAUGUGACAGGGGAGCUGUAUCGUAAUCCACGCAUGUAGAUGGCACCAUAUUCCAGAUUCGAAGAUGCCGUCUGCCAACCCCAAGUAUUUAUUGCAAAGGGACCGAGUGUACAGUCGUAGGAAACAGGGUUGAGUACUGGAGUACCUCUCCUAGAACUGCUUGGUUUACUCACUUUGUCAGAUUACUGUUGAAAUGUAUUCGUC